AUGACCGAGCGACGCCCUCCCACGCCCGCUACAGGCGACGACUCCUUGUCCAUGGGCCCCCCCAAAAAGUUCCUGGAGGCCGAGGAAUGCGCUCUCAUGUAUUUUGAUGCCCAGACGUAUCCUGGAGGAGAACUGCUUCCGCAUACUUUGUGGUUUCACGAGAGCUGGACUGGUUUUGAUGCCCCAAUGAAUAUUCUAUUUGGCGAGAUGGAUGACAAGCCGAUGGUGUUCAUCCUCCCCCAUACCCUUGAGGGGAUACCAAAAAGGGAGAUUAUUUUUGAGGGCAUCAUGAGGUUUCACGGUCCUAAACCGAAAAGAUCUGAACACGGACCAUCUAGUCCCAACUCCCAGGCAGACAACCAGGACGCAGAUGCUGGUCGCCGAUCAACCUUUCGAGACUCCGCUGACAGGGCCCGCGGAAUGUUCAGUGGUAUCCGCCUUCCCACUUUCCGGUUCCCUUCCGCCCAGUGGUGGUAUAAUAAGCUCAAACUGUUGGUGAAAGCUCUUCUCAUCCUCACCGUCAUUUUUGCCGUCAUUUUUGCCGGUUUUAAGCUUGUUCACCAUGGUCCACAGCUGCGAGAGAUGAUCGUAUCCAAGUUUGAGUCGAUCAGCCAAGGACGUAGUCACACCGAUCAUUUCAACGCUGAUAGGGACCAUUUCAAUAUGGGAAGAGACAAUUACAACACCGACAAGGACCCAUUCAACGCCGAUAAGGAGCAAGUCAAAGCUGACACGCACAAUUCUAAGGCUGAUCAGGACCGCUCCAAGGCCACCAAGGCCACCAAGGCUACGAAGGACCGUUCUAAGGCUGCCAAGGACCAAUUCGAAACCAAUAGGGACAAUAUCAAGACGGAUAAGGGUCAGUUUAAGUUUGAAAAAAACGCUGACGGCAACCAUAUCAGCGGCUCCUGGACCAAGCCAGACGAUACGCGUAUUACCUUUGAGGCUUCAAAAACGUCUGGGAACCACGUCACUGAAAUCAAGUUUGUCCAAUCGGAAGAGCAGUUUAUCAAGGAUGAAAAUGACAAGGUGCUCUUUUCCUUGAACAGGAUUACUCGGUUCUUCGUGACGCUCAUUGGUGGUGAUGAGCAUGACGAGAAACUGGACAAGAUCAUGGAUGGAAUCGGAACUGUGUCUUCAAAAGGGAAUAAGAAGGUCAAGUCACGAUGGUGGUGGUGGUAG